CUCAGUUGAUUUUUAUUUUAAUCAAGAGUCAAGUACAACUACAAUUACUUAACUCAACAUUGAAGAAACCCCGACCCUCUUUUAUUCGAGUACAAAGACUGCCUGAAACCCAAUUUCUAGCAAAAUCAAAAUCUGCCCCUGAAUCUAGCAACACAGAAAAAGACGAUGGCUGAAGAGUCGUCAAACGCAUCGAAAUAUGUGAAGUUGACCAAAGCUCAAGUCUCUGCCGACGAAGAUAUCACCCCUGGUGAACUCAAUCAAGCAAUACCCAAUUCACAGUUGCAUGUUCACAAGUGUAGCGAAUGUGGGCAGCCUUUACCUGAAAGCUAUGAGCCUCCUGGUGAUGAACCUUGGUCAAGUGGGAUCUUUGGGUGUACACAAGAUACUGAGAGUUGUUGGACUGGGCUUUUCUGCCCAUGUGUCUUAUUUGGGCGUAAUGUGGAAAGAUUGAGAGAUGAUACCCCAUGGACUACACCAUGUGUUUGUCAUGCUGUUUUUGUAGAAGGUGGUAUGGCACUGGCUGCUGCCACUGCUUGGACUUAUGGUAUCGACCCAAGAACAACUUGUCUCAUUUGGGAGGGAUUAUUUUUCACUUGGUGGAUGUGUGGCAUAUACACUGGUCUUGCUAGACAAUCCUUGCAGAGACAAUAUCAUCUCAAGAACUCCCCAUGUGACCCAUGCCUUGUGCAUUGCUGCAUGCACUGGUGUGCGUUGUGCCAGGAGCAUCGGGAGAUGAAAUCUCGCCUCACAGAUGAUGUCGCCAUGCCCAUGACCAUUGUCAACCCACCGCCUGUUCAAGAGAUGAGCUCUGACAGGGAAACCUCAGCCAAUUCUACUUCUGAAAAGAAUGGCGAUAAAGACGGUGUUAAAAUAGAGAUGCAGGCUCUAUAGUUUUCCUUAUAGCUUUGUACCCAGUACUGUAAAAUUAUGCGGCGAAACUUGGUUGCAUAAACCAAGGGCUUUAGGUUAUCUCUUGUGGGUGAAGCUAUUAUAUAUGGAGUUUUAUGCUGUUUGAAAGCCCAUUUUUUACAGUGUGCUAGGAAUCCACAGGCUUUCGAUUGAGAAAUUUGGCGCUUCUGGUGCCUUUUAUUUUGCAGUUGCGUAAUUUGCAUUCAAGCCUCUUUUUUUUUUUUUUUUUUUUUUUUUUUUUAAUUUUUUUUUAUGUUCUGUUUUUUGAUGGCCAAUAGCGAAGCUUUGUAGAUAAGUGAACAUAUCCUGACUUGCUAAAUUAAGAGUAAAUUUUGGACUUGCUUCAUUGCUAGAAGCCACUCCAGGGCUUUCUACAAGAAGUUGAAUGGGCGACCAAGAAUUGUAGGAAAGCUAAGCCUAGUAGUAGGCUGCACUUAAUGUUCCUUGCUGAAGCUGUUUAUUGUGUUUGGAUUCAGAGGAAUAACACCGUCUUUCAAGGUAGAUGUGAUGAUGUUGAUGUUGUCUUUCGUGAGAUUGUGUUUAAAGUGGCUUGUAGGUGUGCUGAGGCUGAGAGACAUCAUCUUGUUAUGUGAUGAAGCUUGGUUGAUGGCCUGUUUAGUUGUUGGGGCGGCUGCUGCUUCUUUUGUAAUCUCUGCCUGCUGCUUUGUGUUUUAUGCUGUUGCUUACUUCUCUUUUGCUGCUGCUGGAUUAUUGUGCUACUGCUGCUUGAUUAGUGUUGCAAGUUCUGUUUUGCUUGCUGCCUUCUGGCUAGCUCCUGCUGCUGAUGGGGUCUGUGUGCUGGCUGCCUCUUGUUCUUAAGGCUGCUCCCUAGUUGCUGGUUGCUUGCCUGUCGUUUCUGGUGGGUAGUUGCUGGCCUCGGUCUUGUUGGUCUUGCUGCCAGAUGCCAUCUUCCUUGCUGGUGGUUGCUUGUGGGCCCCUUGUUGAGCUAGUUUAUGUUUGUUUGGUUUUCUUGAUGGGUGUUUCUUUGGGUUGUUUGUUGUUAUUGUUUAGGCUAUUCCUGAACUUGCUCCUUUCCUUGUAGCCUAUUUUUAGUUGUUUUGUCCUGUUCCUUUGGUAGUUCCUCUCCUCUAAGUUCAGAAGAGCCUUUGUUUUGAAACAAAAAUCUUAGGAACCCUUCCUAGAAGAAGGUCUUUGAUUUUUGUUUCUUUGGCUGGUGGUUGGUUGCCUGUUGGGCGUUGGUGUUUGGGUUAUUUAGGCCUUUUAGGCUUCAUGCUGUAUUCUUUGCUGCUACAGCUUCUUUUGGUAAUGCAAAAUUUAUUUACCAAAAAAAAAA